AAGUCGUUCGUGCUGCCAGACACACAUGUACUAGAACCACUAGAAAUUUGCAAGGUCUCGUAUCCACAUCUACACACACGUUGGUCCGGCUAAAUAUAUUACAACAAUUUGCCAGCUCUUAUAAAUAUUAGCACAAGACACGAGGGAGGAGAUAUACAUAUAGGAAGAAGCUUUGUUCCAUUACAAGAUUGUAUUUGCGCCUCAAAAAGUUAGCUAUCUGACUGGAGGAACUGCUGCUGCUUAUACAAGUUUUACUACUACGCUUGUACUUGCACCUCUAUUUCUUGCCUGGCAAUAAUAAUCUCUCUGAAAAUGUAUCGGACUCAUGCAUUCUAAAUCUCAUCAUAUUUAUUCUAAUGCAAUAAUGGAUCCGUCACCGUAUUAAACUUCACCUUACUUAAUUCAUCCUCACAACUUGACGCGAUCGUUCGAUCCUCUUGGCUGUAAUACGAACGCCACCAAUUCACUACAUAUUGCAGCAGGGUUAAGUAUCCACAUAUAAUAAUUUAUAACCUAUGCAAUUGCUGGAUUGGAUUGCUUGAUGGUCUAUCUGCAUACUAGUGCGAUUCCAAGUUUUAUCGAGUAUUGCGACUCUCUUGCAACUCGGUUCUGUUAUAACCGUGUGGAAAAUCUAACCUAAGCAGUUAAACCGAAACUUGGUAUUGGAGUUUUUGAUCUCUGCGUGUGUAACACAGUCGUCUCACGAGCACGACGGACUAAGCUCAUCUUGAGUGAACUGCUCCAAAGCCCAUUCAUUAAAGAAAAUUGAUUCAGGAAAGACGAGUAUUUCUUUGCCAAAGUUGAAGCAAAUUUCGAUUGUGACUUGUGCCAUUACAUAUUUUAAAUAAUUUGCAAUUCGUAACCUGCCAAAGUAUUUGUAGUACCACCAAUUUAUUUGUGUUCACACGUUAACAAAUUGAGCGUCAAUUACUCCUAACUCUGCCGCACUUGUCUACAACUUCACUGCGGCUGCUGUGAUUGUAUACUCUUCAUCAUCACCAAGUCAGAGGCUCAAGCUUUCUUGUGUAUACGGCUGCAAAUUUUACAAGAAAAAGUGUUCCUCCCCCGAUAUCUCGUUUUAUGGCUGGAUACUCAAUUUCUUUCUGUAAAACAUUCCACAAUGGAUUGUUCCAUCAAAUUCGAAAAAGCUUGGUCGGAGUUGCCAAUUUGGCACACACAUCAUCUCAUGACUACUCCACAGCCGUGUCUGAUGGAACUUUUAAGGCAAGUGAUCUCCAGGUCAAGUUAGCCAAACCGGAUCAACUCCAGAAAAAACCGGAUGUGGGCAACUUAAUUUUUGGCAAAUGUUUCACGGAUCAUAUGUUCACGGCCGAAUGGGAGAAACCGACGGGAUGGGGUCCACCCAAGAUUUCCCCUCUGGAACCGCUCAGAAUUCAUCCUGCAGCAAAAGUCUUGCAUUAUGCGAUUGAAUUGUUUGAAGGAAUGAAAGCUUAUCGAGGCAGUGAUGGGAAAAUUCGACUGUUCCGACCCGACUUGAAUAUGAUUCGACUUUUGCAAGGUGCAAGGCGUUCAAUGUUGCCGUCGUUUGACCCACUCGAAUUUGUGGAGUGCAUGAAGCGUCUCAUUAAAAUUGAGGAGGAGUGGAUUCCCCAUUCCGAGACUUCCAGUCUGUACAUACGGCCCACGUUUAUUGGGACAGAUCCUUCAUUGGGGGUCGCUCUAUCCAAUCAUGCUAUGCUGUUCGUCAUUCUAUGUCCGGUCGGACCAUACUUUGCAACCGGGUUCAAACCGGUGUCUUUGUUUGCGGAUCCUUCCUACGUCCGAGCAUGGCCGGGUGGUUGUGGAGACACCAAAUUGGGUGCUAACUACGCCCCGACAGUUUUUGUUCAGAAAACUGCUGAGGCUGCAGGAUUGCAACAGGUACUGUGGUUGUACGGAGAAGACAACCAAUUGACAGAGGUUGGAACCAUGAAUAUUUUCGUAUUCAUGAAAAACGAGAAAGGAGAGAGAGAGCUGAUUACUCCACCGCUCAACGGAUUGAUUUUGCCCGGCGUUACCAGACAAAGUAUUUUGGACUUGGCGAGAGAAUGGAAAGACUUCAAAGUCACUGAACGAACAAUCACAAUGAAAGAAGUGAUCCAAGCGCAGAAAGAAAAGCGGUUGUUGGAGGUGUUUGGUGCUGGAACUGCCUGCAUUGUGUGUCCAGUCAGCGCAAUUUCAUUUCAAGGCACAAAGUACGACAUCCCCACGUCCGAACAGGAGAGUCCAGUGUACCAAAAGUUUCUCAAGCAAUUGUCAGACAUAUACUAUGGUCAUAUAAGUCACCCGUGGGGGGUUCUAGUCGAUUAGGUUACCCGAACAAUAAUUAUUAUUUUUAGUAAAUCUUCGCACUCCAAGAUUAAUUCCCAAAUUGUAAAUAGGGCGUAAAAUUCGUAUACCGUCCCCCACUAAAGGCGAAAUCGUUCCACCACUAUAGCGUUUUACAGGUUAUUAGUACAUACAUAUGUAAAGUAGGCAACUAAAAGAUCUGAUAAUCAUCACUAAGAAAAGUCAUAUUUUUAGAGAUUUAAAAAUCAGGACAGUCAAACCACAAUUCUUCCCCUCACUCGAUUUUUUGUAAAGUGUUCUUAAUUAAUUGUGUAAUUAGGACAAAAAUCGUGGUGGCACGAAAAAUUACAAAAAACAUAGCGUAUUCUCCUAAUAUUGCGUAUAGACUUUUAUUAGUCUUCCUCAUCAUAUUACAGAUUGAUUUUAUACAAUGUAGGAAAAAAAAUCAUUUUAAAUUUUCAAUGAAGCGAAUAUUUUAUUUUUUUAGAUGACCAGCAGUUACUUAAUUGCAAAAUAGUUUUGCUAAAACUUACUCGUCUUUACUUAAAACAUUGCUAUAUUAUUAACAUAGUUCAGUGUUGUAAAAUUACAAUGCGAAAAAUAUGAGCCAGAAAACUUGUCCAGAGUUACCGACACAUGACAUUUCCAUUUCGUAUUGGCCACAAUUGAUGAUAAUUGAAUAUAUUAAGAAUAUGGUUUCGACACUAGUUUUAAGUAUAGAAGAAGGGCAGCAAGAAUUCAUUUAUGAAUUUCUCGUCAAUGCCACCCAAGAAUCCAGCAUAAUAAAAAUGGAGGAGAGAAUUCGAUUCUUCUUGAGCCAGUGUACAGCAAAAAUAUGAAUUUGCUGUGGUAAAAAGAUUGAUUUAAUUUAUUUUUCUCAUCCUCUCCUGUACAUACAUAGCGAGACGUCCACAACUAUUUGAUCUAGAUUUUAGUUAGAGUUGUGUUCGUACAAAAUGGGGAAAAGAUGAGCUUAUAUAGUCAAACGACAUUAUUUUAAAUCCUGAACAUCUUCUUGUACUUAAUUUUUGACUUGGUUUCAAUUCAAUUCAAGGAUAAAUUGGAACUGUAAAAAAGUAAUGUAACGUUUAUAGAUAUUAUUUAAAAUAUUCAAAUUAACAAAAACACAAGUUUUUCGGGAUCUCUCUCGCUACACUAAAAACUCUGUUAAAAUUCUUAUAUAGUGAAUCUCGAAUAUUUAGUUAUUAUUUAUAAAUCAGUAUUAAAUUCAAAAUUGUUUGAUUCGAGAGUAUACAAAUAUAAAUUUGUUUUAACCUUAAUUUAUCAUUUUGUAGCAUAUAAUUGCCAAAUAUAUAUCAUUCAGACUCUGUAUUUUUGAUGGAAA